AUGCGCUUAGCGACAUGGAAUGUCCGCACAAUGAGGACAGUCCUCCCGGAGACCUGCGGAGGUUCAGGCUGCGCCCAAGACCUGCGCAAAACUUCUGUGAUUGACACUGAGUUGACGAGACUUAACAUCACCGUUUCGGCUCUUCAGGAAACUAGACUUCCUGACACUGGAUCCAUCAAGGAAGCUCAUUACACAUUUUUCUGGGUAGGAAAAGGUCAACAUGAUAAUCGUGAGCAUGGUGUGGGCUUCGCCGUCCGUAACGAUCUCCUUUCGUGUAUUGAGACUCCUCAUGGAAUAUCAGAGCGCAUAAUGGUAUUACGACUCUCUAGUAACUGCGGUUUUAUAACCUUGAUUUCCGCAUAUGCACCUACAUUAGUCUCAACACCUGAAGUUAAAGAUCGUUUCUAUGACCAACUUACGCAAGCCAUAAAAGCGGUACCUUCUAGCGAUCACCUGCAUAUCAUGGGUGAUUUUAACGCCAGAGUAGGCCAGGAUAACAUCGCUUGGCCAGAUUGCCUCGGUAACCAUGGUGUUGGCAGAUUAAACGAAAACGGUCAGCGUUUGCUCGAGUUCUGUUCCAACCACCAAUUUUGUAUUACCAAUACAUACUUCCGAGGCAAAUCUACGCACAAAGUCUCGUGGAGGCACCCGCGUUCCGGACAUUGGCAUCAGCUGGACCUAAUCCUGACUCGGAAAAAAUACCUUCGCUAUGUCCUCCAUACACGUUCUUAUCAAAGUGCUGAUUGCGACACGGACCACUCGCUUGUAGUGACAAAAUUGGCUAUUAUCCGCAAAAGGAUUCACUCUUCGAAGCCUCCCGGGAGAAAGAGAAUUGAUCUCGCUCAGACCAGGAUUAGUGAGAAAGUUGAGUCUUUUAAAGAGCAAUUAUGCUCGGAGAUCUUAUCUUGGGAUCAAAGCGUGUCACUUCAAGAAGAGUGGGAACGAAUCAAAAAAUCCCUUUCAGAAACUGCAGGCAAAGCUUUCGGAUAUCAGAAAGCGAAGACUGAGAACUGCUUCAGUUUCAUUGAAGCA